AUGUCUCUCGUUCUAUCUCUUUGCUUGGCCUUCCUUUUUUCGCUUGGCCAUGGUUCUCAUAGCUUACCUGCACAAAGGGCUCCUCAUCUUGAUACGCUUCUCCCAAAUGGAAACUUUGAGCAAGUUCCUAACAAAACAAACAUGAGAAAGAGGCAAAUAAUCGGCAAAUACUCUUUACCUCAUUGGGAAAUCUCCGGCCACGUGGAGUUAGUCUCCGGCGGUCCACAGCCCGGUGGUUUCUAUUUCGCAGUGCCACGUGGAGUUUACGCAGCCAGGCUAGGAAACUUAGCCUCCAUAUCUCAAUACGUGAAAGUGAAGCGUGGCUUGGUCUAUUCUCUAACGUUUGGGGUCACAAGGACUUGUGCUCAAGACGAGAACAUACGAAUCUCUGUCCCCGGUCAGACCAAUGAACUACCGAUCCAAACUUUGUUCAGUACCAAUGGUGGUGAUACGUACGCUUGGGCCUUUAAGGCAACUUCUGAUUUGGUUAAGGUCACGUUUCACAAUCCUGGUGUUCAAGAAGACCCUUCUUGUGGACCGCUCGUUGAUGCCGUUGCCAUCAAAGAAAUUCUUCCUCUCCAAUAUACUAAAGGAAACCUUGUGAAAAACGGCGGAUUCGAGAUCGGACCACACGUAUUCAACAACUUCUCUUCCGGAAUCUUAAUUCCGGCGAAGUUACAAGACCUAAUCUCACCACUUCCGGGAUGGAUCAUAGAAUCUCUAAAACCAGUCAAAUACAUCGAUAACCGUCACUUCAAAGUCCCUUCAGGACUCGCCGCGAUCGAAAUCGUCGCCGGAAGAGAAAGCGCGAUCGCUCAGAUCAUCCGUACCGUCGCCGGAAAAAACUACAUCCUCUCGUUCGCGGUUGGAGACGCGCAUAAUGGUUGUCACGGUUCGAUGAUGCUGGAAGCGUUUGCGGGAAAAUCGGCGUUUAAGUGGGUUUUAUCAUACGAAGCUUCAUGA